CAACUGCGCCGCUACGAUUCGAAUAAAAAAGAAAACGGGUCAGAUUUCCUAUGAUUAAAAUGUUAUAGUUUAUGGAAUAGCGAUCAGUCGGGCAGCCACCUGAUCCAGGAUGUGUGCAUUUCUGGUGGUUAAUGAUAUACGGUCAGGCUGUUAGAACGGUUGUUAGGUGUUUUGCGUUUGAGCUUGUGUGGUUCUGUGGUUCUGCCUUUUUUUUUUUUUUUUUUUUUUUUUGUUUCUGUGUUUUGAUUGAUACAAUCGCGUCUGUCCGGCCAGCCUUGUUUCUUUUCUUUUCUUUCGUUUUGGUCUUCAUGUGUUUAUGUGUUAUGUGUUAUGUUAAAAGGCAACGGCCGGGCAGAAGUGCGCAUGUCUAUUUGAUUUAUUCGGGUUCUUUUAUUGAUGUUCCAUGGAUGCCUUAUCUAUGUUUAUGAAUGCAUUAAUCAGUUACUUCCUUUUGGAUCGUAGUUACGCUGGUUGACGGGAGAAUGACCUAACCGGAGUAGGGUUCCGUAGUGUCCUCUACUUAUUCUUUCUUUCUUCGAGUAACAAUAAACUUCACAAUACUUAGAAAUCUACUACGGUCAACGAUACAAC